AUGAAGCACAAGAUUGAGAAUAUUGGUGGAGUUCACAUUCCUUCCUUUUUGCUAGGGUUACUAGGAUCUAUUCUCUUAUACUUUUUAAGUCCCGGUAUAAUGUUGGUGCUCGGGGGUCUAGUAAGUUUCAUAAGGUUCAUUGUGAUAUGUGGUGGUAUUGUAGGUGUUGCUUAUUUCGUAUAUAUAAAUAGAGGUAAGCUUGGAGAAAAUCCAAGUCGAGAUAGGAAAGGCAAUGAUGAAGCAUCAGGUAACAAGGCGCAUGAUGUAAACAUUCAAGGGAACUCGAAGGUUGGCGGAGAAUUUAAAUACUUCAACAUUCCAAUUACCAAACUUGGUCAAGCACAAAAACCUGAUUUACCUCCAAGAAGUAGAUUUGUGGAUGUCAGCAACAUGGAUAAUGACGAAAUAAAUCGAAUAGGGGCUCAACCUCAGCGUAAAGCUGUAAAGGGAAUUAUAGAUGAACCUCCGCAACAAUUGGAUACUACUAUGAAUUUAGAUAUUAUGCGUAGUAAAACACAAGUUAUGAACAGAAAUGCAAGAUACGAUAAUUUUGUUAACAUGGCCGGAGUUAAGCAUAAAUAA